GAAGAUUAAUAUUUUGCUUAUUGUGUUCUUCAUGGAAGCACAAACAUGGAGAAAUCAAAUUUUACGAUAAAUAACGUCAGUUUUUCAAGCAAUUCUCUUCAUUAUAUCAAUAACAAUUACGAUGUUUUCAAUUUUAUAAUAUGGUGCUCUUAUUGGAGUAUUUUAUGGAACACAAAAUCCCAAUACCUCAAGUACGCUGUAAUUUGCAUAUUUGUACCAAUUUUCGCAAUCUCCACAAUUCUGUGCCACAUUUUCAAAACAUCAGUGAGCUUUUAUUUGAGGUUGAAGUACAAAUCUGAUUUUAAAGGACUUUUGCUUGGCUCAGACGCCGUUUGGGCGACUGAAGGGGUACCGAGGAGCAUCAUCAAUGUUAUACUAAAAAUAAAAACUCGGGAAAAUUCAGAUUUACGCGAGUUCGAAACUAAUUUGAAAUGUUUUUUACAAACCACUUUCUUCGACAACGCCGAAUCGCAUCCGAAAUUAACUUGCGCCUUGCACAGGUUUUUAGGGUACAAUUUCCUGGUCAAGUCGAAUUUUCCAGUAGAAGAAUGCGUCACUUCUUGCAACGAAUUUAAAGAUGUUUAUCACUUUUUAACCAACAACCCUUACAAACACCUUCCAAGGGAUAAUCGAGUAUUAUGGGAAGUUAUUUUAUUCGAAUUAAAUAGAGGAGAAAUCGCCAUUUUAUUCAGAGUAAGUCACAUUAUCGGAGACGGCGCUUCGUUAAUACAACUCUUCAUUAACACUUUCACCGACAGCACGAUUGAAUAUCCGUUUUCUAAUCGCCCAUUUAAAGAGAGGAGUUUAUUAAACACUGUUAAAACUCUAUGUGAUUUACCAACUAAUGUUAUCUAUAAAAAUCUGUUGAGAACUAGGGAUAUAAACGCGUUACAUCCCUCCAUUUUGUCGGGCAAAAAGUUGUUUGCGAGCGCUGUUGAAGAGGAAAAUCGACGUUUAAUCGAAGCUGUUAAAGCAGUCAAGAGGAUAACCCAAGUGAGUUUUAUGGAUGUGCUUUUAACAGCCGUUUCGGCCAGUUUUUGCAAGCAUUUUCGAAAGACAUCUAGAGUGCUUCCUCGGUACGUCACGAGCGCAGUUCCUGCAUUUGGAAUUGAAGUAGGCGAAUCCGGGGGUUUGAAAAAUCGAUUUUCCAUAGCUCUUCUGAAAAUCCCCAUACUGAUAGAAUCGAAUUCGCUAUUGGAGCGAUUAAGGAAGGUGAAAGUGGAAUUCGAUGCUUUGAAAAUGUCGAACGAUUAUCAAGUAAAUUCGCUGUUGUUAUCGAUUUUUUCCGGAUUGAUUCCUUCUCCAGUGUUAAAACGAUUAUUGAACAUGGAUUCGUUUACGAUGACGCUGAGUAACAUGCCGGGAAUUCCUCGAAUGAGCAUUUUGAAUGGAAAUCUAGUGAGCGACGUCGUGUUUUUCACGCCUCAACGCGGAACCGCAGGCGUUGGUAUCACUGCAUUGACGUACGAUAAUAGAUUUCAAUUAGGUUUGAGCGUGGAUGAAGCGAUUGUAUCUUCAGUGGAGGAAUGUAGAGAGAUUUUGGAUGAUUUUUCCGCUCGAUAUGCGAGAGGUGGCAGGGCCGAUUGCCAGGGAAAAUGCGCAAAAAUGAAGGCCGAUAUCCCGACGAACGUCAACGAGAGAACACAUUGGCCUAAAAAAAACCUCGAUACAAAAAAAAUUACAAGCAAGAAAUCAUACAACGAACCCAUCACCAGUCCGUCUAACGAGAUUAAACGAACCCGUACAAGCGUCGCGACGCGUCGCACGUCGAAUACCAACGCUCAGUACAAUCGCGCCGGGCACUCGAUCAUGUUCAACCUCUACCAGAACAUCAACAAGAAGGACGAGCCGGAGAAGGAGUCCGACGUGAUCGGGCACGAGCGGUACUACCAGGCGCGCUCGCGCAGCCUGCGCAAGAAGAAGAAGGCGCCGCGGCGGACGCGCAGCGCCGCCGAAUUCAACCCGGCGGCGCUGACGGCGGCCCACAGGCGCGUCGCAUUCGGCGCCGUCCGCAGCCGCAGCUCGGAGAACCGCGGCGGCGAGACGGACGCCAAGGCCACCCCGCCGAGGGUCGAGUCUCUCACUAAACUGUUCUUCGGAAAACGAAGCCAAAGUCCUGUCCGCAAGCACGAAUACAGCGCCCUGAAAACCGAUGGCGGAUGCGAAAAAUUCAAAAUCGAAAGGCAGAUCCGAAACGGGGCGUUCGUCGCGUGCAGAAAUAAUCUCGAAAACAACGACAGAUACGAACUGAAAACGCAACUCGACGAUAUCGGUUCCAGGGCCGACAAACACUGGUUCAUCGUCCAAGACAACAAUUUCGGUGCCGAAAGACUGCUAGCUUUGCUCCCGUUGCCGUCCGGCUGUCCCAUCAGUCCGUCCCCAUCGACGAGAGACACCCUCUUGGCGCUGUUCGGCAGCCUCCAGCAUCCCUACAUCCAUCCGGUGUUCGACGUCGAUUUCUGGGACGCCGGCGCCGCCGUCGUCAGCCCCCUCAAUCCCGCCGGCAGCCUCAAGGAUCUCAUCUACGGCACGGCGUGGCACGACCAAUACGAUAAAAAAUAUUCGUCCAAAGGGGAAGGCCUUCCAUUACGAACGAUACAAUGCUUAGGACGCCAGAUCUUAGAAGGACUGCUAUUUUUGCGAAACCGCUAUUUCCUGCCCAUCUAUCACCUCCAUUCAGGUAACGUAAUCAUUCAAAACGGAGUCGCCAGACUGGCCGGAUUGGAGAAUCACCUGCUGGGCAUGGCGCCCAGGGCUCCGUCGGCGCCCGAAACCCUCUCCUUCGGCUAUCUGCUCUUCGAAAUGACCGCCGGGUACGAACUGACCGCCCCCCCGACGCCCGCCCACCUCCAGCUCGAGCUCGACAAGGCCCCCAAGGUGGCCGAAACCAUCGAGUUCGUCUUUCGCUCCAGCGGAACUCCCACUCUCGACGAACUCGUCAGGUGCGACCUGUUCAGGGGCGUGGAAUUGCGCGAGCUGAGAGGCGCCGGGGUUAGUCAGAGCGCCGCGCCGCCCGACGUGCUGGAUCUGCUGGAGGCGGUGAAAAAUCCGGCGCCGGCGUCGCCGCUGAGGCGAAAAGAUGUAGUAGUGGUGAUAGAAGACCGGAGACUGGAGGACAUAAUAGAGGAAGACAACGAAGACAGCGAUUGCAAUAGCGUCAUAGAUAAUAAUAAGAAUCGCGAUGCCUCAUCGUUACCAACGCUGAUAAAAGUGAUCAAAAUCAAGGGAAAAAAAUCAAAGUACACUUACCUUCGAGUGUACGAGUCCGACAAACAGAGACAAUCGCAAUAAAACGAAUACGAUAUAAACGCAAUAAGUACCUCACUCACUUGUAUAAAAAAAGGCGUACUGAAAGUACUCGACUUUCAGUGAAUCCUGUUAACUUUCAGUAGGACCUUCUUCUUAUUCUAUGUAGGUAGGAUGUAACGUUUAUGCAAUCAUUUUAUGUACUGUAAAUCGAUUGUUUAAACUAAAAUAAAAUGUUAGUGUUUCAAUUAUAUUUCAAUAAACGAACGUAUUUGAUUUUUGAAAAAUUUCCUUUUUCUUUGUUUAAUGGUUAACCCUAUUAAGCAAGUUAUAAAUUAUUUAAUAUUUUGAAUUUUGACACAUUUUUUUAAAUAUUAUAGGUACUUGUACUCUUUU